AUGCCAUUUGUGGAAAUCCAUGUUCUUCAAAGGAAGAUAGGCGAUGCUUUUUGCUACCAUGAUACAUCUACCUGCGACAUAAGAGGCGAGCGCGCACUCCAGAUCACCGUUGAUUCUUUCUCUCAUGAGCUGAAUAGACUAAAGAAGGCUAUUGGCUCAACAAAUAGAAAUGCUAUUCUGGUGCAACAACUUCACUCCCUGGAAGUUUGGAUCUAUGAAUUCGCCCUCUAUAAUGAGUUUUGGCAAAGCAAUUUUGUCCCUGCUCGACUCACUCGGCCAGAGACUAACCGCUCAAUUCAAUCCUCAAUGCAGCGGACUAAUAUGCUGCGGCAGCUCGUCGCAGCAACUGUCUCAUCCCAAGAUUGGUGUCUGUCACUCAACAAUGCCGACCUACUUCAUUUUCCAUUCUCCUGGUGGGCAGAACUUACCUACGUCAUGAUUGUCCAAGUCAAGACUGUUUUUCUCGACUCUGAGACUGGACUCACAGGACAAGAACAGAUGAAUUUACGGCAAUAUGAUCAGGCAGAAUCGCUAGAAGCUGACUUCAGAAGAGCUGCUGAAAAGGAAGUCAUGAUACCUCAUGUGCUGGAUAUGUACAUGGGGAAACUGGCUAUGUUGACCACGCAGGCUGUUGAUGAUGACGGCUAUAGGGACAUGGUAUAUAAUUAUGGGGCUAUGCUCAAAAGCGUAAAAUCUGGGUACGAAAGCCGACUUGGAUCUGCGAAUAGACCUGCUCUGGGGCAACUCGAAAUACAGCAGGAUCAGUCAUCCCUUUUACACCACGCGUAUCCCAAAGUCACGAGUACGGACAUGCAAGGAUCGAUGCCGCCAGCAGUUAGCACCAAUCAUAUCGAGCUAGAAUUAGGUGACCUGGACAGUUCUUCUACAAGCCAACUGAACUUGCAAUUUGAUUUACCCCCACCUGGAUUUGACGACUUCGUAUGGGACACGAUGAUGAAUGAUUUCUCAUUCCUCAUGCCCCAAAAUGGUCCAUCUAUUUGA